GUUUCUCUCUCAUCGUUUCUCUCUCUCAUCCUGACGCUCCCACACCGGAGGAACUACAUUACCCACAAUCCCCUGCUGCCUCAGCCAGCUCCCUGAGCCUGAGAGCUGCCCCGCGGCAUCCUGGGAGUCGUAGUUCCACCGGGGAGGAGGCUGCUGAUGCUGGAGGAGGAAGAGAAGAGGAGAGGAUGCCAUGACGACAGAGAGAUUCUGCUGAGUCAUGUCUGCUGGCCUGGACGACGACAGCGUGUUCGACCUGAACGCCGCCGUCCCGGAGACGGAGCUGCUCGACAACAGUAUCCAGAAAGGUCGAGCUCAGCUGUCCGUCAAAUCCCGGAGGCUCCGCCCCUCCCGGUCCCGUUACCGUGACAGCAUCAGCUCCGGGGAGGGAGACGACCCCGACGGGAAGCAGGACAGUCCGCUACAGUCGUCUCGCUCACCUCUGCACCUGGGCGUACGAGGCUCCUCCCCCUCCCCUGAUUCGCUGCUGACGUCCCGAAGCCCCGCCUUCUCCUUCGACGCACCGUUGGGGCGUGGCUCUCCGGAGGACGGAGCCGCCUCAUUGGCCGCUCCACCGCGGGGGCGGUACCGCCAGCUAACCAAUGCUACGUCCCAGGAGGCGCUAGUGACGCCCGGCUCCCCGUCCAAGUCGUCGUCCGACGGAUCACCGGUUUACCUGAGGAGGAGCCGCAGGGCCGAGAGCCAAGUUCUUGUUGCUGAUACAGAUCAAGACUCCGGAUUGGCUGAUCCAACCGUCGUCUUUGACAAGAAAACCAAGCGGCGUUUCCUGGACCUGGGGGUGACGCUCCGGCGUUCCUACAUCCGGGUGAGGAAAGAUAAAUCCAACCGUCUCUCGGUCGGCAGCAGAGAGCCGUCUGAGAGUCCGUCUCGCUCCUCCGGCUCCUUCGUCUCCUUCUCCUGGUUCAGCGAAGGUCGGGGGUCAAACUCGUCCUCCGGGACGCCGGGAUCCCCCAAGAUCCGUCCCGAGUCCCAGAAACCCUGCAAGUCCCAGUCCCAGGAGUCGUCUCUCAGUGAGGAGUUUUCUCCUCCUCCCUCGUCCUCCUCCACUUCUCCUCCUCCGGCGGACUCGUCCUCCUCCAGAUCCUCCCAUCCCUACCAGACGCUGUCCCAGUCCUCCGACGAGCCCUGCGACGAGCCGUCGUCCUCCAUCUCAUCCUCCGUCUCGUCCUCCGUCUCGUCCUCUGUCUCGUCCUCCGUCUCGUCCUCCGUCUCCACCUCCGUCUCCUCCUGGACGACCCAGCAGGUCUGUUCGUGGCUCCGGAGCCUCCACAUGGACCAGUACGUCCCCGAGUUCAGCCGCAGGGACGUGGACGGGGAGACGCUGCUGCAGAUGGACGCUAGCAAGCUCAAGGGUCUGGGCGUCCUCAGUUCCUCCGAUCGCAGCGCUCUGAAGCGUCGAAUCAAAGACGUCCAAUCAGCCGCAGAGAAGCAGAAAAAAGCUCUGGACAAACUGGAGAAGCAGAAGGAGAAGCAACGCAGACGAGACCAGGAUAGAAACUGAGUCCUGGACCUGGACCUGGACCUGGACCUGGACCAGGACCAGGACCAGGACCAGGACCAGGACCAGGACCUGGACCAGGACCGGAACUGAGUCCUGGGGGGACCAUGGAUGAGCUGGAACCCCAGGAAAAGUCCUGGAUUAUGACACAUGUAGACGAGAUACUGGUCCUGGAAACUGGUCCUGGAAACUGGUCCUGGAAACUGAUCCUGGAAACUGGUCCUGGAAACUGGUCCUGGAAACUGAUCCUGGAAACUGGUCCUGGAAACUGAUCCUGGAAACUGGUCCUGGAAACUGAUCCUGGAAACUGGUCCUGGAAACUGAUCCUGGAAACUGAUCCUGGAAACUAGUCCUGGAAACUGGUCCUGGAAACUGAUCCUGGAAACUGAUCCUGGAAACUGAUCCUGGAAACUGAUCCUGGAAACUGAUCCUGGAAACUGGUCCUGGAAACUGAUCCUGGAAACUGAUCCUGGAAACUGAUCCUGGAAACUGAUCCUGGAAACUGGUCCUGGAAACUGAUCCUGGAAACUGAAGAGUCGACAUCCUGGAGACAUGAAGACCUGAAAUGUUUUUUGAGUUAUUUAUCCCCAUUUAAAGGUACGGGAGCCCCAAACAGCCAAAUCCAGACCGUCCUGUUUCCCGCUCAGGUCUCUUUCUGGUUAUCGCAAGGGCGUAGGUUUGCAUAGGGACGGUAUGGACAUAACACUAUCAACUUUUCAGGAGGCUCAAAUUGUCCCCACCAAACAACCUUAUUUGCAUUAUAUAAUGAGUUCAGAUAUAAAGGUAAUUUAGAUUGUCUUCCCAAAUGUUGUAAGGAUAGAAUUGACCCUACCAUUAUUAAGUGAAUUAUUUUCAUUAUGUUCACACUUACAUUUACCUCUUUUCACUUGCUGAAUUCGCCGGCACAUUUUUUUCCUCAAAUGCACGUUUGAUUGGCUCAUGACUUGACCCUUUAGUAGUUUUUGAAAACAAAGGUUUAAAUGGAACCGUGUAUCAGGUGAACACAUGAACGUUAGUAUAAGUCAAUACAGAUUUAUUUUGCAUUGAUCAUUUAGCCUAUCAAUUAAUUAGGUUCAUAUUUGUGACAAAUGGAGCCCUGACCCCCGUUCACCCAAUCUGUUUGGUCUGAUUAAUGUCCCGUCCCCAGCUAAUAGUACAUGCAGGUUAUGCUGUUAUAUCGUCCCUACCGAUGUUGAGACCAAACCUACGCCCUUGGGUUAUCGUCAAACUGACUCCGUGUUCAAGUAUUGAUUCUGAUUCAACUGAUCAGUUUAGUUCAGAUACGUUGCUGAUCUUUCAAAACACGGAUAGUUUCCUUUUCUUCCCCUUUGACUUUGACCAAAAACUGGUCAUUUUCAGCUUCUGUUGUUUCUACAGCAAAACCGUUUUGCUCUGGUCACAUGAUCACAUGAUCACACGAUCACACGAUCACACGAUCACAUGGUCACAUGAUCACACGAUCACACGAUCACACGAUCACAUGGUCACUAGGAAUGGGUGAUAUUUUACCGUUCACGAUAAACCGCCAAAAAAAUUCCCCACGGUAAGAAUUUGUAUC